UCUCACCGCGCGCGGGCGGUUUGCGCCAUUUUGAUUUUGCCCGUUCAUUGUGCGUGCGCAUGUGUUCCUUUUCUCGGUUGCAGUGAUGAGCGUUGUGAAACGAUUUAUGGUCAGCCGACGUCCCGUCGUGCUGAGACCCGCACCUGAACGCAAGGUAUGCAACUAUAUGCACAGAGUGUGCUUACAAAGCCGCGUCGAAGGUUACGAAUACUGCAUCAGGCACGUCCUCGAAGAUAAAACAGCGCCGUUCCGCCAAUGCGCAUUCACCCACGCCCAGAGCGGCCGACGGUGCUCAAAUGCCGCUCCGAAGACCGACAAACGCGAGUCACUGUGUCAGUGGCACGCCAAGAAAGCUCUGCAGCACCGUCGAAAUUCGAGUCGAAAGCAGACGCUGAUUGAAACACCGCACAAGAUACUCGAGAGCCUCGAGCACCACUGCAGGGACCCCCAACACUCGACCGAGCAGUCUGAGAUCGCGCGCAACACCAUCAAAUUCUACGACGCCGACAGCGAUCAGGAAGCUCCGAGUGUCCAGGAAUGCUGGCAUCCGGGCGAUAGCGACUCCGACAGCGUCGACAACUCGGAAGAUCCGCUGCGGCACGCCGGGGUGUACACGGCCGAGGAAGCUGCGGUUAUCACGCGAGAUAAAUUGAUUCGGUUGCAGUCGCUAUACCUUGAACAGCUGAAACGGCUGAACCACGUUCUGAAAGAGAGGAGGCGAGAUUAUUUACGCAGACGACGCGAAACGCCCGGCAUAAGCAAGGAGCCCCGGACGCCGCAGGAGGAGACUCUCUACAGAAGGUUUAAGGCAUACUACAGGUACCAUAGAGAAUACGGCGUUGAAGCAGUGUUGAGAAAACGGUUCCGCGAACGUCAAACCGGUGAACCUGUUCGUGAACGGUGCAGCCACAGUGACACGACCGGCGAGCAGUGCACCAGAAACGUGCUUCCGCUGAGCAAGUUCUGUCGAUCUCACAUUCUGGAUGAUAAGAAGCAACUGCUCUUCGAGAAGUGUGAUGCAUGGGAAGGCGACUCGCAAUGCCCAACGCCGUUGUUCGCGGUGGACGGUUGUUUGUUGCAUACUCAAGCACCCCCGGAAGACGUGACACCCCCCGCUGCACCCCAAGAGGAUGACUUUCAUUUUCAGUCAAUGGACGACAUUGCAGCACUGGGCCUGGACGUUGUACAGCCGGGAUCUCUAUUCGGGCUGAAUCAGUUCGGAGACCCAGGGGAAUCGACAGACUCAGCACUGUCGGACGAUGACGGCAUGAUGGCCAUGGACAAUGAUCUCCUUUCCAAUGUGCCAAAGUGAAGUGUUUUUGAAAAAGUAAAAAGUUGUGUUUGAGUUUCUA